CGAUGCCAGCCAGUCCUUGGGCGCUCGCGAUCGCGCCUGUCUCUGCCUGGUCUUGCAUCGUGCGCGUGUGGUGUGCGUAGGCAAGCGGGGAGGGCACGACUGUCACUCUGCCUGCGCAUCUGCUCGUCCUCUUCUCCAUUCCCCGUGAGCCGUCCAGUUCCGCGAGCACAUACCAGUCAGUCAGUCAGCCAGCCAGGCGGUCGGCGAUAGAACGACGCACCCACCACGGAGCAACUGUUCAUCACUGCCCAUCGCCGUCAGUCGGCUCCCGCUUGCGACAACGCAGACUCCACCCGGACAUGGAGAACAACGAGCAGCACGAGGAGCACGAUAGCGGAAGCGAAAGUGCCGAUGCCGCCAACACCAGCACCGCCACGGCCUCUGUGACGAAGCCCAGGCGAGAAGGCGCCAAGUCGGAGCGCGAGAAGCGCACGUACAGGGCGUGUCUGCACUGUCGCCAGCGCAAGUCACGAUGCGACCUCUACAGUAGUGGAGAACCCGGGCGGCCACCCUGCGAACGAUGCAUUCGCGAGCAGCAUGAAUGCAUCCUCGGAGGCUCACGACGUGGUGGCCGGCGUGUGAAACGAGGUACUGCUGAUGUUGCAAAUACCACUCCAGGACCCUCCCCACACACUCUCCCAGGACCACCAGGCAGCAUAGAAAGCCUCGUCAGGCCACUGGCCUUACCGCCUCCGCCGAGGACGGAUCAGCACCAUGUCCUGGACCCAAAUCUGCAGCAGCCACGCCAGCAACGGCUGCCGAGCUGGAGCUCCCUAAACCCAGAUUCGAGGACACUGCCGCCCUUGCAAAAUGAUGGUGCCGUCACGCCGACGGCCAAGAUGACCGUCGAUGACACUGUCGCUUCCACAGACCUGCAAAACCCCGCCGAUGCUCUGGAGUUUCUCGCCCACGUCGCCGAGCGUGAUUCUGGGAGCAAUCAACUGCCACCCAUGCACGCCGGACCAUACGGACGACCAACACAACCUCUUGUUGCACGUCACAGCAGCCAACCUCAAGAUGGCUCCCGUUCGGGCCAACCGCUCACCCCCAGUAACCACAUCGAUUACCCACCACUCAAUAAGGGCAAGCUCAGCUUGGACAUGAUCCAAGCGUUGCUGUACCGCUAUGAAGACAAAUAUCACCCAUUCUUUCCGCUGGCCAAUCCAGCGGCCAUGGACCCGAGUAAUCUGCCAACCAUCGCUGCCAAAGAGCCUCAUCUACUUGCCGCCAUAUUGACUGUCGCUUCCAAGGACGAGAAGGAUUGGUGGCAAGUGCACGAUGACUGCUCGGCUCACAUGCAAUCACUUGUCGCGAAUCUUGUAUACAGUGGCUCCGGCUCAGUCGAGGCUGUUGAAGCUAUGCUCAUUUUAGCAGAGUGGGUUCCGAGACGGCCGCAGUCGACGCCUGCUAUCGGGCGCGGCGAGGAAGACUGCGCUGCGUGGAUGUAUGUUGGCACCGCCAUUCGUCUUGGAUACCUCCUCGGCAUCGACAGGACGGGCUUUCGAGCGGAAAGUGAAUCUCAAUCUGCCGACCUGAACCGAAAACGCCUUGCUUGGGCGAGUUGUUACAUGAGUGAUCGACAGGUCUCCGUGAGGAUAGGAAAGGCAUUUUGGUCAAGAGGACCAGGUCCAAUGACGGCAUUGCGAGCGCAAGAUUUUCCCAGUCUGCAACCACGAUUGCAUCGACAUGACGACUUCGCAGCCAUCUACCAGGCGAAUUUGGAACUAACACAGUUGUUCAGCAAUGCCCAUGAUGUGCUGUAUGCGACUAAGAGUCGUUCGAAUCAGCUCAACUUUGGCGGUGAAUAUGUCAAGUACAUCGACGAUUUUCGAGUGGCGCUCAGACACUGGAAUGCGUCGUGGGGGACGUUCACAUGCUCACCGCCGCUGAAGGCCAGUCUCAUCUUGUCGUAUGAAUAUCUACGACUAUACGUCAAUGCUUUCGCAUACCAGGCUACACUCAACCGCCUGACACAGAAAAUGAAGGACGCCAUGGAGAAUGGUCAGCCCAAUCGACCUGUACCUUAUCCAUUCGCCGACGUUGCUGCCACGCCCGACGCACGAUUCAUCUACGAUGCGAUAGAUGCUGCGAAGGCUUUGCUCAGCACAUUCUGCAGCUUCGUCGAUCCCCAGGAGACGUUCAGAUAUAUGCCACUCCGCUAUUACCUGUAUGUGAUCUACUCGGCCGUGUUCCUCUACAAGGCCCGAUCGACAGGUGUCAUGGCUGGCGAUACGAGAGGGUCAGUCAAACGGCUGAUCAGCGACACCAUGGACUGCUUGCAAAAGUCGAGCGCCUGCCCGAACGACGUCGGCGAUCGAUACUCUCGACUCGUGCGCCUGCUCUGGAGAAAGCCACCCGCUGGACGGGGCAGCAUAGCAGAGCCUAGCGAUGGCCCAAAGUCUGUUCCUGCGCAGAACGGCAUACCGGGACUGCCGCCUGUCCGCGGCGGAACUGAAGCCAUGCCCAUGGACACGGCACCUCCUUCGAUCAACCAAUUCAGCUGGCUGGAUCUUGGAGCUGUGGGAGAUUUUGCUGUGGAGAACAACAACUCGAUAGCAGGAAGCAGUAUGUUGGAUCACAUCGAUGACAUGUCUAAUGAUGGCUUCUCGCAAUUCGAUCCGAGCAUGGCGUUCACACCUCAGCAGUUUGCGUGGAAUGGCAUGAGUCCUUCGGGUAUUGUAUUCUAGUGGAUUGGGGUGAGAUCUGGAGGACUGACGUGUAUGUGUCUUCAUGCCGCUUAUGAGGGGAGAAUCAUGGAAGUGAUGGAGCGCGAUCUGUUCCGCAGCUCUUGCAGGUAGAAGCUAGGUCGAUUUACUGGGGCUGCACAUAUUAGAGCCACCUCAGUAUUGAUUCAUGGCUAUCACGUGCGUGGUGAUCAAAGAUUGAAUA